CCUUCUUAUUUUGUGUCCUGUAUUUGUUUUAUUCACAGGAACUUCUCAAAGACAAUUAUUUGAUUACUCUAUCCCUCAAGACUUGUUUAUUUACCAAGGUAGUUGGUGGCCAGAUGACCUUGGGCAGUAUGGAUCCUAGGGAGGGCAGAGCUGCUCAGCUUGUUCAGUUGGAGCCACUAAUACAUCAAGUGAGUGGCCACUCGUCACUGUGGGUGCUUGAUGACGUCACCGUGUGCAAGCCUUUGAUUGGUCGGGAGGCCAAGUUUUACCGCACUCUCCCACCACAGAUGAGGCCCUUCACACCCGAGUUCCGAGGCACUCUCAAGGUUUUAGUGGAACGAACUGCUGAAGGAGUAGCUGUUGCUGCCUUGCCACCCAAUGCUGCUGAGCGCGGCUACCUCUCGUCACGUCGCACUGCUGAUCUUAACAGAAAUAAGGUGGGGCGUGUGCGUUCAUGCAACGUGGAGCUGGCAAGCGAAGGGGAGGAGGUGGGUGGAGAAAUGGCAGAAGAGGAGGAAGACGAGGACAACAAUUCGCUCCAACCCAUGAUAGGUCCCCCUCUCCCCCGUGUCAUGCCCGCACACAACCCCUGGCUCAAAGAGUGUCAUCAGAGAUACCUCGACAAGCUCAAGAAGAAGGCCGAGAACAAAGUUAAUGUUAUGGAAUGCAUCCUGCUGGAGAAUCUGACGCACGUGUACCGCGUGCCUAACGUGCUCGACCUGAAGAUGGGCACGCGGCAGUACGGCGACGACGCCCCGGAGAGCAAGCGACGCAGCCAGACGCGUAAAGCUCAGCACACCACCACCCCCCGCCUGGGGGUCAGGCUCGCGGGCAUGCAGGUGUACGACCGUGACGCUAAAUGCUACGUGUGCAAGAAUAAAUACGUGGGGCGGGAGCUCACGGAGGACGGCUUCCAGCAGACGCUGCGCCACUUCCUGCACAACGGCCGGCGCUUCAGAGGCGACAUUGUCGAUCAAAUCAUUGCAAAGCUCACUGAACUUAGAAGAAUUGUCGCAUCUUUAGAUUCAUUCAGGUUUUUCACGUCGUCUCUGCUAAUUUUAUACGACAGUUACGACACAAAAGGUACGCCAAAAAGUAAGGAGCAAUCAACGAAUACCGCAGCAAAGGACAAGGAGAAUACGCCCAUUUGCAAUAAAGACAAACGCGAUAACAGGAAGAACAGCAGAGAAAAUUCAUCACACAGCCGUAGCCUAAAGAGGACAAACUCCAGCACUUCUUCAGACUGUUCCAAAAACGUCGCUACGUCUGGUAACUCGUCGUUAGGGCGGUUACCAACAAAAAGCGAGAGUUUAGCUGGUAACAAAAGUGCGGAAAAUUUACAAACUAAUGCGUCUAUUUCUGCGAACUUGAGAGAAGUGACUGCUGAUAAUGUAACUACUGCGGAUAAGGUGAGUGGUGACUCGAGAAACUAUAAAUCGGUUGUUAAAAGUGCCUCUGAUAUAAAUCAGCUCCUACCUCUGGACCCUGCCCCAGUGAAUGAGAGAAAUGUUUUCUUGGAGGACGAAGAUCUAGCCAUCAGAAGAGAAUCUUUGCCGCUACCUCAUGACACCAGAAUGACUACUGAACCUCAUGAGAAGCUCAUGGAAAGUUUAUCGGGUUCGGUCUCCCUGCGACAAGGCUUGAUAAAUCCUGAUACUAGCACUGCCCAAUCUCAACAAAUUACUAGUUUAAGUGAUGGAAAUGACGCAAGGGUUGUAGAAGGAAACCUGUACGAUUCUCACCAGCAAAAGCUUGCAUUUAAGGAGGAGGCUGAUACCAAAACUUUUGCUUGUCAUCUGCCUAAUUGCCAGGAGCGACCGCUUGCUAGAACAAACCCUUCAGAGCACGCCUCUGUUGAGACUACAUCGUUAUUUACUCAACAAUAUGAACCUUCAUUUACAUCUACUAUAAGCGAUUCAAUCCAUAAUCAACCCAUAAGUCAAUUUUGUGCCGCUCCCACUUCUCACAUUUCGGAGUUGGCGAAUACUUGUAAGAUAUCCGACGACCAUACAAUGUGUGAUCUUACUGCCCAAGAAAGACACAGUGCGGCGACAGGUGCAAGUUGCUUGUGUUAUUCCAAGGUUAGUUCUAAUCUCGUUCCUCACAGCACGUGUGAUGAUCGUAACAGCAACACGAACACCACCAUAAAUUCUGAUGUAGACUCAAGCUCCUGUUCCAAUUCUGAAAACGUUCCUAUGGAAACCAUUUACGAAGAUGCAACUCAACAGCCUAAACAAGCUACAGGCAGCCAGUGUUCAGAUUCUAGUCUGAAAAAUGCCCUUUCACACCAUCCUGCAUGUAUGGAAGUUAACAGUUCGCCGCCUAACCACAGCAAUCUCAGCAGGAGUAACAACAACGUCUGCUCACAACUUUCGCAUAGUCUAGGAAACGCUGAGCAAGGCCCGACAAGUUCUGUGACAACCUCGCUUGUUGCUCAUCUUUCAGCCUCAGACGUAAACUUUUCAAUGUACAACAACAACAUAGCCACCGCAUCUGCCAGCAUGGACGCCAGCGUGUCGACUUGUACCAACAAGCCUGCUCCAGAGCUUUGUAUUAACGAUAUAAAGAGCCACACAAAUUCUUCAGACCUCAUAGAAGUAAUUAGUGAGGGUAGUGUCCCUCCUCAGGUUGUAAUUAGUUCCAGCUCAUCAGCGCCAGCCAUCGAGACCACCUCGAGCCCUGCUCUUUGUUCAGAAAGCCCAACGACCACUUCCUCCAGUUCUUCGUCAGCAUCUGUCUGCUGUCCGUUAACAGCGGUUAGAUCAUCGACUACCGUCAGCUGUCUGUCAGCGACUGUCAGCAGUAGUACAAAUCUAUCGAGCUCGCCCAGCGAUUCAGUUAGCAAGACAAAAGUAGAUAUCAGACUAAUAGACUUCGCUCACGCUACCCAUAAGGGCAUGGGAGACUCCACGAUUUACUCGGGACCAGAUGAAGGCCUCAUGCUCGGUCUCAAAAGCCUCGUUAAUAUAUUCACAGAGAUUAAGGAAUGUUAUUCUAAAUGACUAGCGUUUUAACUUGACUUUUACCUCCGUUUCAGAUUUGUUGCGGUAGCAGUACGAUGGUGCACAGCUCGAAUUGCCGGGACGGCUUCUAAGUGGCCACUAUGACGCUUAAUGUAUCUAUUCAUAACGUCAACCUUCAGAAGACGAGAAUGAUAGCCCGACUUGUGUUUCCAGUAACGCUGUGCAGCCACUCCUCGGGUAUUCAAUUAAGUUACUCUAAAUGUCGGGUGGUCACUUGGAAGUCGCCUCGGAUAUCGUAAUGACGUAAUAAGAUGACGUUUGCGUCUGCUAGACCCAGAGCAAAACUAAAUUGUAUUCAUAUGCGGACGCAUGAAUUAAUGAUUUUAUGACGAUUAUCAUAGAAUUUCAUUUAAUAAUCUAGAUUUGAAUAAUUUGCCUGUCCAUUGAUCAGUUCAUUUGGAACUUUGAGUGACAUGCUCAAAACUUGUAAAGUUUCUGCUUAUUAGUUAUAAAUUAACGCAUUUUUCAAAAGUUGUAAUGUCUUGUCUUUGAGAAAAUUGAUAUCAUUGAAAGCAUGUGCGAAAUGUUAAAACUCGUAAUGUUGUCUGCGAUCAAUAAUUUGGAACGGUCUGUUGCAACCACUUUUUCUGGCGAAUUAUCCGUUGGCGCUUAAAUGACCCAAACCUGUUGAUCAAUUCAUUUAGAAUAUUAUUGUUAUCCUUUUCAUCUUGUCUGCAAGCAUUUGCGUCUAUGCGACUUUGUCACUCUACCUAAUUGUCUUGUGGCUGGCUAGCUCUCAAAAGAGCUCUCUGGUAACCGUUGUGAAUAUUUUAAUACUUGAUUGUGUUGGAAGCACCUUUUGGAUUUAAAUUGUCUGAAAUAUUUUGGUCUAAACAUCUGUAUUAGACUUCCACCCCAUGGUACUUGACCAUACUACCUUUAGUGUGGUGAUAUUUUAGCAAGUUGACCAUUACGUCAUCUCGAGUGCUGAAGGGUUCUAAACCUUGGGUUUAAAUGCUAAUUUUAUUCGAAAUUUAAUGUUUGACGAGGUGUGAUGCUCACAAAUGAUGUUCUGAUCUCUUUUUAAAGCUUUAAGAUGUUUGACUCUGAAAUAUAGCUACUUGAAUCCGC